UUUUCAUCUUACAACUUCACUUCUUGAUGAACUAACAGCUGCCUGGGACUCUGGCCAUGGAGCUAUGUCAGACAAGUUAAUAGGUUACUCCCUGAAUGGAUCACCUCAUGCCUCCCAACAAUGUGACUGAAUUCAUUCUCUUGGGACUCACACAGAAUCCACACUUGCAGAAAAUACUCUUUAUUGUUCUUUUAUUUAUUUUCCUAUUUACUGUGCUGGCCAAUCUGUUCAUUGUCAUCACCAUCUCCUCCAGCCCCACACUUUCAUCACCCAUGUACUUCUUUCUCACUUACUUGUCCUUUAUAGAUGCCUCCUACACCUCUGUCACCACCCCCAAAAUGAUCAUCGACCUGCUUUACCAGAGAAGAACCAUUUCCUUGGCUGGCUGCCUGACUCAGCUCUUCUUGGAGCACUUGCUGGGAGGAUCAGAGAUCAUCCUUCUUGUUGUCAUGGCGUACGACCGCUAUGUGGCCAUCUGCAAGCCCCUGCACUACACAGCCAUCAUGCGACAAGGGCUCUGCCACCUUCUGGUGGUGAUAGCCUGGACUGGAGGCAUCCUGCAUGCCACUGUACAGAUUCUCUUCAUGACCAACUUGCCCUUCUGUGGUCCUAAUGUCAUUGACCACUUUAUGUGUGAUCUCUUCCCAUUGUUGAAACUUGCCUGCAGAGAUACCUACAGACUUGGGAUGGUGGUGGCAGCCAACAGUGGAGCCAUGUGCUUGCUCAUCUUUUCCAUGCUCCUCAUCUCCUACAUAGUCAUCCUGAGCUCCCUGAGAUCCCAUGGCUCUGAAGGACAGCACAAAGCCCUCUCCACCUGUGCCUCCCACUUUACUGUUGUGGUACUCUUCUUCGUGCCUUGCAUAUUCACCUACAUGCGUCCCGUGGUCACCUACUCUGUGGACAAGUUGGUGACGGUGUUCUUUGCAAUCCUCACCCCCAUGUUAAAUCCUAUAAUUUACACAGUGAGAAACACAGAGGUAAAAAAUGCCAUGAGGAGUUUGUUGAAUAAGAGAGUAACUUAGUCUGUGCAUAAAGGCAAGAAAGUGAUUAAAUGUAUAAAGAGGGAGAAAUAGGUCUGUGGUAAAUUGUGCAAGAUAAUUCAGGUAGUUUACAGAUCAUUGACAAAAACUAAACAAACAAAUAUUAAAAAAAGAAACCCAGAAACUAACAUUUAUUGAGCACUUAACAUUGGCUAGGUCUUUUGCAAGGUAUUUUGAUAGGUUUUAACAUACUUUACCAAAGCUUUAAUGUUCAUGUGCAUUGAUUCUGGAUAUGCCAUGGAAAGAACUAUGAAUCCCUAGCUUGAUAAUUCUAGAGUAUGUUUUUCUCUAGAGUCUCACUGUUACUUUGCUAAAUUCUUCAUACAUAUGUUACAUACAUAAAAUUGGCUUUUGCACAGAAUCUUGAUCUUAGAACUUGGAAAAUUUUUGCUUGGCUUAUGGUAAAGCAAACAAAGAGGCUAGAAAUCCUUAGAUAUGGGUAGAUGGAGGGUGACAAUUGAGGAGUGACAGAACCACUGGUGAUUGUCUU